GUUCAAUGCUUGUCUGGAAGUUGGGUUAGUGUUGCCUUAAAAUAAGUGAUCAAUACUCAUUUCAGUUGCCCUUCUGAUCCACUUUAGUUGUGACCAUGUUCUGUAAGUGGAAAGUACGAUAUGGAGUCCUAGAAGGGAACUUGAGAAUGAGUAUUGUGUCGGUUCUUACUUCCCUGUCCUUGAGGACUGAUCAUGACCUUAUCGUGGGUUCCUUAUAAUAGGUGAUUAGUACUCAUUUCAGUUGCCCUUCUGCUCCACUUCAGU